CCGGCGAUGCCGGUUUUUCCCUACAGUACUUAUUACGCGUUCACUAUUUCUGAUGUAACAUAAAUAUUGGUUGUCAAGAAAAAGGGACGAUGAGCAACGAGUUCAUCGAGAUCGACCAGGUCGAAUGGGAAAAGGUUGCUCGGAGAGUAUUUUACGACUGUCUCGCAUCGUCGUCCUCGUCGUCGUUUUCAUCGCUUUCGCCAUUGUCGUCGAGGACCAGCAAUGUUACGGUCAAAACCCUCGUUGAUUAUAUUGAAAGAAUCGCUACCGGCAAAUAUAGAGAUAAACAUCUUCUCGAUGAGCUGCAAAAGUCAAUCGCGGAAUGCUCGGGUGACGGUUGGGUGAAUUAUGCUUUGUUCAAAAAAGCGUCCAAGCGUUGGGUCACAAAGAUACAGCAGCGUCGCGUGCAAGAUGGAAAUAAUAAUGUGACCAAGGACGAUUCAAGGUCCGACGACGAGAAACAACACUCUGCCGACUCGAGCGACAACGAACGAGAUUUCGAGAUUUUGUUUGGGGAACGCCGCAGGAAGAACAAAGCCUCACGGAAGUCAGUCACAGUCGAUUUCGUCGAUCUUCUAAAUGUGUCGAGUUACAGUCCGAGCAGCGACACGACACACGGGUGCGCGAUGUCCGACACAGCCCCCGAGUCUCCCGACGAGGCCGACAGCGGCUGUGGCGUCGCCGUUGGCAUCGGCGAUGUACCGGCGCUUGAUUUACGAAUGCGAAUCCGGAGAUUCGACGAAGAGAAUUCCAUGCUCAGGGAAGAUCUCGUCAGAGCUGAAGAACUCUCGGCUGGGCUACAGCGACAGCUCGAAAACCUACGAAAAAAGUUCGAUCAGACGAAAGAAAAAUGUCGCCAGUUAGAACGCGAGAACGACGAGCAGCAAGAGUUACUGCACGAGGCGGAGGAAAAGGAGCGGGACUGUCGAUGGGCCUUGCAGAAAAUGGAAAAAGAGAAAAAUUCACUCGCGAGAAAACUCGACGAUGCGGAGGCAGAAAAACAACAAAUAGCUUUGUUGGACUCACACUUGGAGAGACUAAAAAAAGAAAAAUAUGACUGCAUUAGAGAACUGACCUUGUGCAGACAAGAACUUGAGGAUAAACAGAGAGAGUGCGAACUGUUGAGAGACCAGCUUGCCCAGAUAAGCGAAGUGAACAAAAGUUUACAAGAAUCUUACGAGAAAAGUAUUCAGUGCUUACGGGAUAAGGUUCAAGAAUUAAAAAACGAAAAAUUCGUUUUUUGCACACCAGACACUGUCGGAAGUCCUUCCGAUGGAAAUGGUCCGGCUACACCAAUUGGAUUUCUGUACUCUCGCACGCCGAGUCUUUCCUGCAACGAUGACGCGCUGCACGAUUCCUUGUUCGAGGAAUUAAAAGCUUCUGGAUUUUCGGCGUCUAAUGAGUCCAGAGUUCGCGAGCUUGAGGACGAGUUAUCUUGGUACGAGGCGAACAUCGGUCAAGCCCUGACUGAAAUAAACAAGGUGAUGCAGAAAUUUUCUCAUGAUAUACCAAAAUCCCAAGAUCCCGACGCCAGAGUUAACGAUACGGAUGAAGAACAAGGUCCCGAAGUGUCAUCGCUCUUGAGGAAAAUUUCGGAGUUAUCGAAUGCGGUGAACGAGAUCGUACGGAAGCCCGAGGUGAAGGACGCGAGUUCACAGGCGUCUACCGAUUCGAGCUACACGAAUCAACGACUAUCCAGUCAAUUGGGAAUUCGUUGCUUUCAGGACGAGUUCAAUUCUAUACGUGAAAAAAGGGAGCGUCAAUCAGAGAAACAAGAGAAUUGGAGUUUUCAACGCGUCAAGGACACUUUUGCGGGAGCUUUCUCGAUGAAUACGCACUCCCUCGGCGACUGCGGGGACGUCGAAGAAGCCGAAAUUGCAUGUGAAGCCGUCAAAUCUGAUAACGAUCGCUUCUCAACUUCCUGCUCCAUGUCGACUGGCCUCGGGAUUCAAGAGCACACCAUUAUCGAACCCAUCGUUCAAGAACUCGAGAGAAUAAUUCAGUGCACGAACGAACGCGAGGAAAAAAACACGGCUCAUACCUCGCCUUCUAAAAACCCCAGGUCCAGAUGCAUCUAUACGACGGUCGACAAUUCUGCAGCAGACUUGAAUUUAAACCCUCCGAAGAAUCUGCAGCCCGAUUUUGCAUCGACUUACGUUAUUUCGUCGGGAGGUGGAGACGGAUUGUUACGAGGAAUGAUAAAUAAUACAACGUUGAACGACGAUUUUACGGUAGAGCCGAUCGCUCAACUGGUCAAGACAUUAUCACUGUCGGAGGAUUCAAGUAAAUUAGGUGCUAGUUCGUUAACGGAAUCAAUGAUAAAAUCGAACACUUUGGAGAGUGAAAAAAUCAGCAAGACUGAAGCGAUACCCGAGGAGAGGAACGAUUCAGAUUUCAUCGGUACGGAAUCUGGCGGAGCAGCGGUCGAAAAGCCAUUGGAAAAAAAAGUAGACAAACCGAAUGGUAACAUCGUAGAUUAUUGUGAGACGCCAAUUAAUAUAAAUUUGCGGAAUAGACCGAAACGAAAAAUUUCCGUGUUUGAUCGUUCUUUCGACAUAGAUACGCUGAACGACGAGACCGAACCAGGAGUUUGUUCCAACACUUACAGACUGACCGAGCGUUUGAUGAGUGCACCGUCCGAGCAAGAAAAGAGCUUGGACGAAGAAUCGUUUGAUUCAGAAAGUAUGAAAAACUCUCAGAGUAGUAAAAACUUUUUAUUCAGUUAUCGUGAAAAAAACGAUGAGAGCGAUUCCUCGGAUAACGUUUCACCGAGCAAGGGCCACGAUUGUUUUGAUUCCCUGACAGAAAUCGAAACUCCGAAUCGAUCGAGUCAGCGGCCUGUUAUCGCUCCAACUAAAUUGAAGCUUCCCUCCGUCAUGGAAAUACCACCAUACGCUCCAGUCGCAACAUCAACGAAAUUCAACGACGAGGCUAAGAACUCGAAUAAUUAUGAAAAGAGACAAAUUUACGAGAAAAAUCAUUUUCCCUCGGACGUGAGCUCCAUCUCGAAGGACAUGAACAGCUUUGCCAACGAUUUCACACGACCGUCUAACCGAGAUAUUGGGAAAGGAGUGACUUAUCGCAAAUCACCUUCUUCCCGACAACUUAAUUUUUCUAACUUUCCAGUUCUAUCACGAAACGACGAUACUGACUCGACCAAUCAAAUGGCUCAAGAAGAAUCGGUCGAUCUUUCGAAAAGCGUUUCUCUCCCCGAUGUCGAAUCAACUUGCAACGAUUUCACGUCAAAAAUUCCUGCUGCUCAACCCAAUGCGAAACCUCCCCUCUCGUUGACAUACAACAAGCCACAGACUGACGUCCAAACUACUCAUGCACGCGAUCCUUCAAAGCCCGGAGGUUUGUGGUACGGUCACGUCGAGGAAGCCGUUUGCGGAUACGAAACGAGGGACGACAACGAGAGGAACGCUGCGAGUUACGGAGGCGGCGUUACUGGGUCGGCGUGUAUCCGUCGCGAGGGUAAAGACGAAAAAGCAAAUGUCUCACCGGCGGCAGUAGCGCUCGCGAUGUCAAGCGGCGAGGAUAGCUCGGACAGUGAGUGCGGUCCAAUGGCGAUACGAGAAAACGAUAACGCACAUUGUAACGUUGGGAACGAGACUCGCUCGAUAUCACCGACCGUUUUGAAUUUUGUUGGCGGCGCGUUACUCGGUACCUCAACACCGGCUUCGAUAAAUAACAACAAUGAAAAUUGCAACAAUAACAAUGUGAAGAAACUCGAUGACAUUCCGGAUCAUCAGACGAAAAAGUCAAUCGUCCCUAAACGAGAAAAGCGUGAGAAACCGCACACCAUUCGCAGAUCUUUAUCGGACAGCGGAUGUGGGCGUUCCGAAUGUCGCUGCCGCUUGACCAACGUUGUUUCAUCUCAAGAAGAAUUUAAUAAAGAAGAAAAUCGUCCCGCUGUUUUCCCGAGUCUCACUGAUGCAAGACUUCAAGAGUCUGGCAUUGCCAAGCUCCCGAACAACGAUGAACUUCGAGAAAAUCUUCCCGAGGCUGAACUCGAGCGAAAAUUCAUCGCUCUUUCGGUGGGUCUGGUCACUGAUCGGGUAACGUUACAUCGACGAGUAGCACUCUCUAUUCGCCAGAGGGAUCAAUCGGAGAGGAAUCUUAGCUGUGAGAUUCAGAAAAUGCAUCAGGAUAUACAGGAUCUAGCGCCACUGUGCAUCGAUCGAGAAUCUGUCGAGAGAGUCGAACGUGUCAGACAUCAGCUCGAGAUGAUAAACCAGUGCGCUCACAGAGUUUCCUGCACAGCCGAGACUCUCGGCGCGGUACAUCAGGAAAACAGAAUCUCCAGGGCGGUUCUACUCGCCGAUCGUUAUCUCCUCGUUCUGAGAUCCAGAUGUGAGAAAUUGGCUCAUGACCUCUCUGAGACCAAGCGUAUCCUGACGGAAAAUAACAUCGUUGUUGAGGAUCAUAGCGGGGAGCUCGGUGAUGAUAUGCCACGAACCCGGUAUCGGGGAGUCCCCAUCACUAAUCGUACGAUGAUGGCUAGGAGAAGAGCUAGCAUAGCAACGAUAUUUCGACCGUUGGGCAACUUUCAGGAUGGCACAAAGGACGGCUUGAGGCAACGAAAUUCCGUAUCAGGAAGAGUUACCCUCAGAAGACCCUCGCUGAGUGCCGAAGUUCAAAAAUGGGAGGUGGAAAAACUCGAUCGCACGGACAGCAGUUCCAGCAGUAUAGGGGAAUUACGUGAAAUAUUCGAGCAGGCUGAAUCUCGUAGGAAUUCACGUGAGGAAAAUAACAACGUGUUGCGUUUGCAUUCGAGUAAUUUGAAUAUUCGAGCGGACUGCGAGCAAAACAGCGAGAUUGAAGUUUGGACGAAUGCACGAGAAGAGUCCGUGCCAGAAUUACCAGUCACUCCAAACGGAUUUCAUGAAUCGAGACACGGACGAAGCACCACCGCUUUUGUUCCCUGCUGGAAAACGAUGAUGUGGUGCAUUGUAAUCUCAUUCUUCUUUGGCUUCUACGUCAAGCACGCUGUUUCAUCGUCCAGCGAAUGUUCGAGCUCGAAUCUCAAAUGGUGGUCCAUUGAGGAACUCGUCGAACGUUAUUUUUCAGCGCAAAGUAAUUCACCGAGGCCAAUAUGAAUAAGCGUAUUCAGUUUGAAACGUAUUUCAAUGAAAAACUAAAACUACUUAUAAUAAUGACAUAAUACAAGUGUGUAACUAUCGUUACAUGAUUACCCCUGUCCCCCCUCCUGUGAAUUAUGAAGUGUCAAUAAUUAUUACUGUAAUACGUGCAAUGACACUUCGAUCUAAAAAAUCGUUGUGGUAUUUGAAUUGUAAGAGGAAUAAUUCAAUUUUGAAUAUAAAAAGCAACGAUAAGAAUAUAUAAUCAUUGUGAAAAGAAAAACGAAAGAUAUUUAAAUAAACAGAAUAGACUGCUGGUACAGUU